CUCGCCGAUUUUUGCCCUCUUUACCUUUGCUCUUUUCAAUUCACGCUCUGAAUUCGUUCUUUUUUUUUUUUUUAAAAAAAAAUGGUCUUGUACUUUACGUCCAAUGUCGUCGACCCGCCCGCCAUGGUAUACAUGGGCAAGGAUAAGUUUGAGAACGAGGACCUGAUAAAGUACGGAUGGCCUGAGGAUGUCUGGUUCCACGUCGACAAGCUCUCCUCUGCCCACGUAUAUCUGCGUCUUAGCCAUGGCCAAUCCUGGGAAACGAUCCCGCAGGAGCUGCUCGACGACAUGGCGCAGCUCGUAAAGGCGAACAGUAUCGAGGGCAACAAAAAGAACGACAUUACAGUUAUCUACACGCCCUGGGCAAACCUGCUGAAGCGCGGUGAUAUGGCGACCGGCCAGGUGAGCUUCCACAACCCGCGGCAGGUGAAGCGUGUGCACGUAAAGCAGCGCGAGAACGCGAUUGUGAACCGGUUAAACAAGACCAAGCGCGAGGAGCACCCAGAUCUGCGUCAGCAAAGGGCUGACAGGGACAAGGAUGAGAAGCGCGAGCUGAAGAGGGUGUAUGAGAAGAAGCGUGCAGAGGAGCUCAAGAUUAUUAAAGAGCGCAAGAGUGAAAAGGAAGCGCGCAGCUAUGACGCGGUGUUCAAGAAGGCUGAGAUGAGUGGCAAGAAGAAGAAGAGCGCUGUCGCCGAGGAUCUGUUUGGCGAUGAUGGAGACGACGACAGUGACGACGCCGUUCCAACCCGGCAUGCCGACGAUUUUGCGGACUUUUUCUAGAUACACUUGUUUACUCAGCCAGGAGCCACUGUGCUUGCUAAACUAAAAACAAAAAAGCUCUUUAUUUCAUAGUUGCGUAUGCUUAUCGAAUAUCGUACAACCGGACCGUGGAGUUUGUCAGGGUUGCCAGAGUGGUCUUUUGGUUACCCGUAUCCGACAGCCCCCACUGGCAC